GAAAUUUCUUUUCUCUCUCUCUCUCUCUCUCUUUUCUUAUAUCCCACAUUAUGUCCUUCACGCUCGAGAACAAGUUGGCUUUCAAGGUCCUUGACGGUUACCUUGAGAACGUCUCCUACAUCAAGGGGUAAAUUUACCAGCUCAUCUCCUGAAUGCGUCUACGUACACUUUCUUUCUUAUAUAAAAUGACGUGCCAUGACUCAUUAUAUCGACGACACAUUGCGUUUUUCUCUUUUUGUCCAUCUAUCAAUCCAAUCUUACAUAAUAGAGUCGAGGUUUCGGAUGCUGACAAGGCUGUCUUUGAGGCUCUGUCCGAAGGCCCCGCUGCUGCCCAGUACCCCCACUUGGCCAGAUGGUACAACCACAUUGCCGCCGUCCAGGGUCUCACUGCUAAGACUGCUGCUGCUCCUGCCGCUGCUGCCGAUGAGGACGAAGACGAUAUGGACCUUUUCGGCUCUGACGACGAAGAAGUUGAUGAGGAAGCCGAGAAGAUCAAGGCUCAGCGCCUCGCUGAAUACCAGGCCAAGAAGGCUGCUAAGCCCAAGCCUCUUGCCAAGACCACCGUCACCUUGGAUGUCAAGCCCUGGGAUGAUGAGACUGAUGUUGAUGAGAUGACCAAGGCUGUCCGUGAUAUCAAGAUGGACGGUUUGUUGUGGGGUGGUUUCCAGCACGUCCCCGUUGGUUACGGUAUCAAGAAGCUCCAGAUCAACUGUGUUGUUGAGGAUGACAAGGUUGCCAUGGAUGACUUGACUGAUGCCAUCUGCGAUCUCGAGGACUACGUCCAGUCCGUCGAUGUUGCUGCCAUGCAGAAGAUCUAA